ACCACACAUUGAAUGGAGAUAACAAAUGAUAUUAUUGUUUUUUUACGUGAUUUUGUGCAAUUGAUUAUGGAUUUUCGGUUUAAGACACCAAAUGCAAGCUCAGGGUCUUCAAAAUUAAAUGCUCAGAUUAUUGGACAGGAAAUUGACGAGUCCUCGGCAAAGAAAUUGAAGAUCCACGAUGAAAGUCUACUUGAAGAUAUUCGAUUGCUCGAAGAAUUAGAGUUUAGCUUCCUCAAUGACGAUGACAAGUUGAUACCGAGUGAUGCGAAGAAGAACCACCACGAAGAGACGAAUUUAAAUCAGCUCUUUGAUGACACGUUCCCCUUCCCAGCGCUGGAACCCAACAAGGAAGUGUUUUUCGGGCUGCCCAUGAAGGUGAAGGAUUUGUUUCAAGAGAUUAAAGGCAUCAACGAGCUUUACGAUUGGCAGAUCGAUUGCCUGAAUCUACCAGCCAUUCAAAUGCGAGAGAACCUCAUUUACACAUUGCCCACGAGCAGUGGUAAGACUCUCGUGGCCGAAAUCCUGAUCCUGAAGGAGUUACUGUGUCACAAGCGGAACGUGCUUUUCAUCUUGCCAUAUGUCGCGGUGGUGAAGGAAAAGAUAUCUUCUCUAGCGCCCUUCGCGAUCGAGUUGGAUUUCCUGGUUGAGGAAUAUGCCGGCCGGAAUGGUGAGUGUCCGCCAAGGCAGAGACGCAAGAAGAAAUCCAUUUAUAUUGCUACGAUCGAGAAGAGCCUCUGCGUGAUUAACAGUCUCAUCGAGGCUGGGCGCCUUGGGGAAAUUGGGCUGGUGGUUAUUGACGAAUUGCACUUGAUUGGCGAGAAAGAUCGCGGGACGAGGCUGGAAACAGCCAUCACAAAGAUUAAAUACAUGAAUUUGGGAAUUCAGAUUGUGGGCAUGAGCGCGACAAUCGGAAAUAUCACGGAGAUCGAGAAGUUCAUGGAGGCGAGCACCUUCGCCGGAAACUUCCGUCCUGUGAAACUCACGGAAUACAUGAAGUGCGACAAAGAUAUUUACAAGGUGGAUCCCAGCGAUCCGGAGAUGUUUGUGCCAUUCAGAGUGAUUGAUUCCGACUACGAUGAGCAGAAGUUGAAGAUUGAUCCUGAUCACCUGGGAAAAUUGGUGAUGGAAGUCUCUCCGCAGGAUGGAGUGCUAAUUUUCUGUCCCACUCGCCAGAAUUGUGAAAAUGUGGCACGUCUUCUUACAAACGUGAUAUCAAAGGACUUUCUUGAGGAUCACAAGCAAGAGAAAAAGAAGCUGCUUGAUAACAUGAAGACAUACUUUGAGUAUAUAUGUCCCAUUCUACAGCGAACCAUUCCUUAUGGCAUAGCUUAUCAUCAUUCAGGACUCGUGGCAGAAGAAAGGCGUUUUCUGGAGGAAGCCUUCCUCGCAGGCACGCUUUGUGUGAUUUGUUGCACGUCCACCUUGGCAGUGGGUGUGAAUUUACCGGCAAGAAGAGUUAUUCUGCGAUCUCCAUACAUUGGACGGGACUUUCUCACGAAGAGUCGAUACAAGCAAAUGGUUGGAAGGGCAGGACGCGUCGGAAUGAGUUCCGGCGAGGGUGACAGUAUUAUCAUUCUCAAGGCUCGUGACAAAUCUCUUGCGCACGAUCUUUUCCAUGCUCCCAUGGACAAUGCAAAAUCUUCGAUGCAUCUGUGUGAGUUUCGCGGUCUCAGCAAUCUCAUCCUGAGUGCGAUCAGCCUCGGCAUGGCCACGACAUGCCGUGAACUAAAAGCAUUAGCCUCGAUGACUCUCCUGAACGUUCAGGCCAAUGAAUUUAAUGUGAUGAUGUCUACUGAAGUGGAGAAGAUCGUCAAGAAAUUCUACAAGCUUAAGGCACUCUGGAUCAAACAAGAAACCGUUCCUCUUGAUUGCACCAUCAAGAUAGUUACCACACAGCAGGUUCAAAUUGGCAAUUCUCCGGUGCAGAGGAGACAAAUUGUGAUAAAAAAUUCCUCUCAGUUGGAGAUCAGCAACGUGGGUAAAGCCGCUGUGGCUGCUUGUAUCGAUCUUCACGAAGCUGAGAAGCUGUACGCAGAACUGAAGAAAGUUCAAAUGGGUCUUGUCUUGGUAGACUAUUUGCACCUUCUCUACAUUGUCACGCCAUCCGACUUGGACAUUCAAAUGGAUCCAAUGAUUUUCUGUGAUGAGUAUCUGAAAUUGAGCCCUGAUCAAGUCCAUACCGCCCACACUAUUGGAAUCACUGAGGGUAUGGUGAUGGGUAUAAGAUGUGGCAAGAAGUAUAAUGAGGAUAAAAUGAGAACGGUUCAACGAUUCUACGUGACGCUUAUCAUUCAGGCCUUAUGGAAUUUGGAGGAAAUCUACAGAGUGGCUCUCAGAUUCAAGGUUACUAGAGGCAUAGUGCAAUCUCUAAUGGGUCAAACAGCUUCCAAUGCGGGUUGCAUUACGCGCUUCUGUGAGCAAAUGAGUGAAUUCUGGGCUCUGGCAUCGAUUCUCUCUGUGAUGGUUGAGAAAUUGAGAUACUGUUGCUCACCAGAACUGAUUCCUCUCAUGGAACUUCCUUCGGUGCAACUUAUGAGAGCAAAACAACUAUAUGCUGCAGGAUAUAAAACUCUUGAACUGAUUGCUCAGGCCAAACCUCAGGAUUUAGUGCAAAAUAUUUACCAUAUGAGUUACAAGGCGGCAAGAGAAAUCGUCUCAGCGGCGACGGUAAUGCUGUUGGAGAAGAAGGAUAACUUGCUACACGAGUUGGAUGAUUUGAAAAUUGUUUUAAAUGGCAAAUGAAUUACGGGAAAAACAUAUGAAUAAUUGUAUAUCUAAUAAUUUAAAAACCAAUUGAAUUGAAACUGUUUAUACAUAUAUAGAUCUCUAAAUUUUAAAUUCGAUAAUUGUUUUAUAAUUAUAUAUUUUUCAGCAGAUACAAUUA